GCACCACUUGACGGAGUCGGAUUGAUUCGCUAAAUAAAAUUUCCCAAAGUUUCUUACCAUAUUUCGAAAACGAAUGGCACCCCAAAAAUCUAUUCUGUUUGACGAAAUUAGCAAUCCCGGGUUGCUGAGGUUUCCCAUAUCCGCUAGGGUUUACCAAGUUGAAGAGAAAUGUCUCCGCGCGUCGGUCACGCCCUACCUGCGACUAACGCUGACGCAGGAUCUGGGGAAAACCUUGAUCACCGUUAUAUCCAUAGGAAAGUCCUACCAAGAGAUCAAGAACUUUUUUGAGGUCGGAGAGGAAUACGCGUUCCCAGCAGGAACUUUUACAGCGAAGGAACGCGACCCAGGGUACUUGGCAUGGUCUAAUUUUAACUACACUCUUUGGCUUCUUCCCAGAAAUGCGGUCCGUCACGUGACUAAUGACGUUUCGCGCUCCUCAAAAACUCGUCAAGCUUAUCAUUUUGGGGCAACGCGGGCUGAUUCUGAUAAUAACUGGAGGGCUAGAUAAGGACAUGAACUGUAAAUGGGAUACAAUAAGAAUUGCGAACUGGGCGUGGAUACUUUUCAAUAUUUCAAUAUUGUAAUAUUUUUGUCGAGCAAACAACAUUAGUUAAUAAAAAUCUAGUCAU